AUGCAGAUCACCGUCGUUCCAGCUUCUCCCAGGACGGGCCAGGCCGCCAUCCGCACGCUCCUCGCCGACGCUUCCAACCCCACCAUCAAGGGUUAUUACCGCGAUCUCGCCAAAGUCCCCGCCGAAUUCAAGUCCAACCCCCGUUUCGAGGCCGUGCAGGGCGACGUCGACGACGGAGCGACCCUGGACUUUUCCGGCUCCGACGCCGUCUUCCAUAUCACCCCGCCUCUUUACGAGAACACCGACGUCGUCGAGCGUGCCCGCCUCGUGUCGGAGAAUGUCAAGGCGGCGAUCAAGAAGGCCUCCGUUAAACGCCUGGUCCUCGUGUCGAGCAUGGGUGCGCAGUAUGGCCACGGAACUGGUGAGAUCCUGAGCAACCACGAGGCCGAAGUCGUCCUCCAAAAUGCUGCGCCCGAAGUUGUCUUUGUCCGCUGCGGUUUCUUCAUGGAGAAUUGGGGCAUGGGCCUUGAGACGCUGGCCGAAGGCUUUCUCUACACCACGCUCACCCCCAUCGACCACCCCCUGCCCAUGAUCGCCGUCAAAGACAUCGGCACCAUCUGCGCGGCCGAAGUCCUCGCCACCGGCACCCCGCUCCCCGCCAACCCGCACAUCUUCGAGUUGCACGGCCCGCGGCCCUACACGGCGUCGGAAGUGCACAAGCUCUUUGAGGAGGCCACGGGCAAGAGCAUCGAGCUGCGGCCCGUGCCGAAGGAGGGGCUGGACGCUUUCUAUGCGGCUGUCUUUCCGCCACUGGUGGCGGGCUAUUAUGCCGAGAUGAAUAAGAGUUAUUUGCCGGGCGGGAUUUUGGAUGUGAAUCCGGAGCCGACGGAGGGUAAGACGAGGUAUGGGACGACUGAGUUGAGGGAGGUGGUGGAGAAGUUGGUUGCUGGGGCUUGA